CCGGAGACCCUGUUUGAUAAUACGCCUGUGGUCCACGUGAGCACUUUCCCCCCCUGCGGGUUAACCCUUAUGUUCUGACGCUCUCCAAAAGGUGAGCACGUGUCACGUGUUGGAUAAUGAACGUUGUGCAAGCUAUCGGCAACUCCCCUUGCUCAACAACUUGCAUAGCUGCAGUGAUAUAACAUAAACUGUACCACCACAGCGGCAGGUAGCCCCACUGUGGCUAACAGCUACCGACGUCGUCACGCCCAUAAACGUUCGCCAUGCCAGCCGAAAAAGUUCCUGACACCCCAGUGGAAGUCCUUGUGGAUCUCCUAACAAAAGCCAAGGAGAUAGCUGCAGCAAGUGGUAAUGUGCCAGAAGACUUGACAAGUCACUUGCAGAAGGCUCUGGCCAUAGCCAGCGGCCUGGAUGACUACCUGGAGAAAAUGACCACACAGGAAAGUGAACCUCUGGCAGAGCUUUAUAAAAAAACGAUUUCCCAUGACUGGGAUCAAGUACACAAGGAGGGCAAAACCAUGUUCCGGCUUCCUAAGGAGUGCAUCACUGGACAUGUUGAAGGCCAGGCCCUGAAGAUGCUGAUCCACAUGAGUCAAGCUAAGAGGGUCCUAGAGAUUGGGAUGUUCACUGGCUACGGUGCACUGUCCAUGGCUGAAGGGCUUCCUGAGGAUGGCUGCUUAAUUGCCUGCGAGUUAGAGCCAUACCUCAAAGACUUUGCACAGCCCAUUUUUGACAAGUCUCCACAUGGCAAGAAGAUUACUGUCAAGACUGGAUCCGCCAUGGACACCCUGAAGGUAUUGGCUGCUGCAGGUGAGCAGUUUGACAUGGUCUUCAUCGAUGCAGACAAGAAUAAUUACAUCAACUACUACAACUUUAUUCUGGACAACAAUCUGCUGAGAUUGCAAGGUGUCAUAUGUGUAGAUAACUCAUUGUUCAAAGCCAAGGUUUAUCUCAAAGACACCACAGAUAAUAACGGACUGGCGCUUAGAGACUUCAACCAGUUUGUCUCUAAUGAUCCGCGUGUGGAGCAGGUCAUUAUCCCUCUUAGAGAUGGCAUCAGUGUUAUCCGCCGGGUAUCUGUGGCCUCUGAGUGCUCAGUGACACAGAGUAAAAUAACAGAUGAUGAAGUUUUCCGUGGGGUCAAGGGGCGCCCCAUCCUCGAUCGGCUGCGUCUUGAUGGAAAGGUGGCCUAUGUGACGGGUGCUGGGCAGGGCAUAGGCCGAGCAUUUGCUCAUGCCCUGGGUGAGGCCGGUGCAAAGGUGGCCGUGGUAGACAUGGACCAAGAUAAAGCUGAGGCAGUGGCUAAAGAGCUCUUUUUUAAAGGUAUCAAUGCCAUUGCGAUCACAGCUGACAUUAGCAAAGCAGAUGAUGUCCAGAGGAUGAUUGACAACAUUGUCUCCAAAUGGGGGACGAUCCACAUCGCCUGUAACAAUGCCGGCAUCAACAUGAACUCAGACAGUGAAGACACCAGUCUAGCAGAGUGGGACCAAACCUUUAACGUUAACCUGAGGGGGACUUUCAUGUGCUGUCAGGCGGCAGGUCGAGUGAUGUUGAAGCAAGGAUAUGGCAAGAUUAUCAACACAGCCUCCAUGGCCAGUCUUAUAGUCCCCCAUCCCCAGAAGCAGCUUUCCUACAACACGUCCAAGGCCGGAGUGGUCAAACUGACUCAGACUCUGGGCACUGAAUGGAUUGACAGAGGAGUGCGUGUCAACUGCAUCUCACCGGGGAUUGUUGACACCCCUCUCAUCCACUCGGAGAGUCUGAGGCCUCUGGUGCAGCGCUGGCUGUCAGAUAUCCCUGCUGGUAGACUGGCUCAAGUGACAGACCUGCAAGCUGCAGUGGUCUACUUGGCAUCUGACGCCUCCGACUACAUGACAGGGCAUAACUUAGUCAUAGAGGGUGGGCAAAGUCUGUGGUAGAGAGGGUAGAUGAAGAGAUGAAAACUUUUUUUCCCCUCUUCACUCUCGUGGGAUUAGUCUCUGAAAUAGGUGGCAUUCACAUUAUCUCCUUUUAACACAUUCACAGCUGUAUAAGUCUAAAUCUUACUGAAUAUCUUUUUUGAGAUCAAUUUAUGGUCAGUUAACAUCUGUUUUAUGGUGUCGCUUUUUGUCCUCAGUGUGUCCUGUUUAGGUUCAGUUUGCUGUCAUGUGUGUUAUAACUGUGGUACACUCACUGUAUGUUGUACGUUGGAUGAAAAACACUGUAUCAUGUUAAAUACUGAAAAAGAGGUAUAACAGGUGCCAGUCUUCUUGUCACACAAUGGAUAGUUGCUAACAUGUCUGAUAAAAUAUCUGUGAAGUCCAAGAAAGUAAAGGAAAACCAUUGCUACUGUAUGCCUUCAAACACGUCCUUUUAGUCACAAUUUCUGCUGUAUGUACUCUUGACUUUAUUUUAUACAUCGAAUGCAAUUUUGAUAAAUGUGACUGUUUGUGUUGUCUCAAAUGCCACUGAAAGAAACUGAUCUAUUUUUAUUGUAUCCAUUGCAAAAGGAAGAGGAUACUUGAAAAGUUUAUUUUUAUAGCACUAUUUGAUACAACUACAGUUCUCGGUGCUUUACAGGAUGAUAAUAAAAGGAAUGACUGAA